CCUGCGUUCCCCUGGCUUGGUUGGUCAGGGCUUCCAGGGGCCGAUGAACGCUGAGGAAACUGGAUUCAGAGUGUCUCUUCUUGCCUUUCGCGGGAGGAAGCUGUGGACAUACUCCAAGGUCGGAAAGGUGGUAGUGGGGGGCACUUUCUCUCCAGGGUGCAGGGUCACCGCGUCCCUACCCAACUCAGACUCCCUGAGCCUCACAGGAGACUCUCUAGGAUUGGAAGUUGUUAUGGCAACGAGGCUCUCAGAAUACUGAGGAAAGCCAAAGCCUAGAGAGCCGACACCCUCCUGUAUUCCCGCUUCCGACCCACGGGUAAAGUGGCGCCUCCUACGCACAGAAACCGUCCUUGGGCCCCCGCUCCGGCGAGGAGACCACCCUGGACCUCCGGGGGCGGGAGGCCGCUCUGGCCCCAAUCAGGGCCUCUCGCUGGUAGACGGGCCCGAGGUAGCCCCUCUGGGCGCAGCGCCGCCGAGCUGCUCGAUGCUCCGACCGGAAGUGCUCUUCACCGCCGACCUCCCACCCGGCUCUCUGGUCCCGGCGGUAAGAUGGCGGCUGCCGCGGAGUGCGAUGUGGUAAUGGCGACGACCGAGCCAGAGCUGCUAGACGACGAGGAAGCGAAGAGUCCUACGCCUUUGACAUCUCAUCCUUCAGUCCCUUUGCUGGAAGCAGAGUCUUUCAAGGAACAAGGAAAUGCAUACUAUGCCAAGAAAGAUUACAAUGAAGCUUAUAACUAUUAUACAAAAGCCAUAGAUAUGUGUCCUAAAAAUGCUAGCUAUUACGGGAAUCGAGCAGCCACCUUGAUGAUGCUUGGAAAGUUCCGGGAAGCUCUUGGAGAUGCACAGCAGUCAGUGAGGUUGGAUGACAGUUUUGUUCGGGGACAUCUACGAGAGGGCAAAUGCCACCUAUCUCUAGGGAAUGCCAUGGCAGCAUGUCGUAGUUUCCAGAGAGCCCUAGAACUGGAUCACAAAAAUGCUCAGGCACAACAGGAGUUCAAGAAUGCUAAUGCAGUCCUAGAAUAUGAGAAAAUAGCAGAAACGGAUUUUGAGAAGCGGGAUUUUCGGAAGGUUGUUUUUUGCAUGGACCGUGCCCUAGAAUAUGCCCCUGCCUGCCAUCGCUUCAAAAUCCUCAAAGCAGAAUGUUUAGCAAUGCUGGGUCGUUAUCCAGAAGCACAGUCUGUGGCCAGUGACAUUUUACGAAUGGAUUCCACCAAUGCCGAUGCUCUAUAUGUACGAGGUCUUUGCCUUUAUUAUGAAGAUUGUAUUGAGAAGGCGGUUCAGUUUUUUGUCCAAGCUCUCCGGAUGGCUCCUGACCAUGAGAAGGCCUGCGUUGCUUGCAGAAAUGCCAAAGCACUUAAAGCAAAGAAAGAAGAUGGGAAUAAAGCAUUUAAAGAAGGAAAUUACAAGCUAGCAUAUGAACUGUACACAGAAGCCCUGGGGAUAGACCCCAAUAAUAUAAAAACAAAUGCUAAACUCUACUGUAAUCGGGGUACGGUUAAUUCCAAGCUUAGGAAACUAGAUGAUGCAAUAGAAGACUGCACAAAUGCAGUGAAGCUUGAUGACACUUAUAUAAAAGCCUACUUGAGAAGAGCUCAGUGUUACAUGGACACAGAACAGUAUGAAGAAGCAGUACGGGACUAUGAAAAAGUGUAUCAGACGGAGAAAACAAAAGAACACAAACAGCUCCUAAAAAAUGCACAGCUGGAACUGAAGAAGAGUAAGAGGAAAGAUUACUACAAGAUUCUCGGGGUAGACAAGAAUGCCUCUGAGGACGAGAUCAAGAAAGCUUAUCGGAAACGGGCCUUGAUGCACCAUCCAGAUCGGCACAGUGGAGCCAGUGCUGAAGUUCAGAAGGAGGAGGAGAAAAAGUUCAAGGAAGUCGGAGAAGCUUUUACCAUUCUCUCCGACCCCAAGAAAAAGACUCGAUAUGACAGUGGACAAGACCUGGAUGAAGAGGGCAUGAAUAUGGGUGCUGAGAAGAGUUGUAAGCAGUCGAAAGCUGUUGAAGGGAUACAAGUCGGGGAGCCAUGGACCUCAUUUAGGCUCUGGAGAUGUAUUUGUGAUGGCAGUGAGGCGAGCUGGUUUGGAAAGGAUUUUGAUGCAAACAACAUCUUCAAGGCAUUCUUUGGCGGUCCUGGGGGCUUCAGCUUUGAAGCAUCUGGUCCAGGGAAUUUCUUUUUUCAGUUUGGCUAAUGAAAGGAAACCAUCCAGAACCCAGAAAAUGCAGACUUGCUCCGUUUAACCUCGAAUGUGGCUGGACACAGCUCACCUCCUCCCUUCAUUAUGAUCCACGUACUUAGAGCAGUUUCGUUUUCUCAGUUGGAUACCCAGUGUCUGUGUGAGUGGGGUGAAGGAAAGGGAGCCAGUGCCGAAGACUGCGGGUAGGGGAGGGAGGUGGGGGGUGGACAGGGCAGCUUGUGAAUUUUUGUUUUACUGUUUAACUUUAUUAAAAAAAAAAAAUUAAGAGAAUAAAAUGUUUUGACCCUU